UUUGGUGUCUCAAUCCGGCGCCAUGUUGGACACGUCUCCGGGCGGGAACUUCUCCCACAGCAGCUUCGUGUUCAGAGGGUUCCCGGCGCUGCGGCACCACCGCUGGCUGCUGGCGCUGCCGGUCUCCGCCUCCUACCUGACGGUGCUGCUGGGAAACGGCGUGCUGGUGCACAUGAUCCAGCGCACCGAGAGCCUGCACGGCCCCAUGUACCUCCUGGUCUGCGCGCUCUGCGUGGUCGACGUCCUCUCGGCGACCGCCAUCGCCCCCGGCCUGCUGCUCGGCCUCGUCUUCGGCUGGGACCGGAUCUCGCUGGCCGGCUGCCUGACCCAGAUGUUCUUCACUCACUUCCUGUCCUCUCUGGAGUCCACGCUGCUGCUGGCGAUGGCGCUGGACCGCUACGCCGCCGUCUGCCGGCCGCUGCGCUACGCCGAGCUCGUCGACGCGUCCGCCGCCACGAAGCUGCUGCUCUUCGCUCUGGUGCGCAGCGGCUCCGUCAUGGCGACGCUGGUCGCCUUGGCGGGUUCUCUGCGGUUCUGCGGCUCCAACGCCAUCCGCCAUUGCUACUGCGAUCACAUGGCGCUGGUCAGCCUGGCGUGCGACGGCACGGAGACGAGCAGAGCGGCGGGCCUCGCUGUGAUCGUCUGCUUCGUGGGCGUGGACAUACCGCUCAUCUUCUUGUCCUACGUGAAGAUCCUGAGCGCCGUCUUCAGGGCGGCGGGCGGCGGCGAGGAGCGCAGGAAGGCAUUCCACACCUGCGGCACUCACCUGAUGGUCAUGAUGUGCUUCUACCUGGUGGGGAGCGUCACCUUCCUGUCCCACACCCUGAACAUCCGCAUCCCGACGGACGCCAACACCUUCAUGGGGCUCGUGUACAUUCUGCUGCCGGCGACCGUCAACCCCGUCGUCUACGGCGUUCGGACCAAAGAGAUACGCGGCGCUCUGCUGAGGCUCCUCAGAGGGAGGAACUCCACCACGCUGGAAGGUUCUCCGGCUGCAAGAACACAGACGUGACUGAAAGAACGCAAACCUUUGUUCUGUGUCUCCAUGUCUCAACUUCUCCUUCCAAAAUAAACUGAUUUAAACUUUACAAUGUCUUUACAAUAAAGAAGAGAGAAAGGA